GAACUCUCAGUCAGCAGUCAGGUUCACGGUCCCCCGAGGAGGUAUUUCUGCUCCCCUCCCUGUAUUCACUUUUCUGCAUUUUAUUUUUUAUCAAUAUGUCUCCCUCCACGUCCCCACGGUUCUUCACGGAGAGGGAGGUGGCCCGCCACUGCUCCAAGGACUCCUGCUGGGUGCGUCUGGGGACCAGGGUCUACGACGUGACCUCUUUCUUGCGGAUGCACCCGGGCGGGGAGGCGCUGAUACUCCGGAGGUCAGGGAAGGACGUAAGCGGGGAGAUGGAAGGACCCCCACACCGGCACUCGGAGAACGCACGGCGAUGGAUGGAGCAGUACUAUAUCGGGGAGCUGGACAGGGACAGUGGCACCGAGGAGGCACAG